AUGACAAAUAAAGCAAAUUCUGUCAAUGGUGAAUGGAGAUUGCAAAUUGAACAUGUUAUGCUUUAUAUAUUAGGUCUUGAUCCUGAUUAUCUGAUAAUAGUAAAAAGUAGAGCAACUUUGCACAAACUUGGUGGUAUGGAUGGUACUCAGGUUUGGGAUACUGUACUUACAGUCAUUGCCGUAAAUGAAGCAAGAUUGGCUGAAGAUUCCUCAAAUCAUCAAUCAAUAGUAAAUGCACUUGACUUCUUAGACGAUGCACAAAUAAAAAAGAAUUCUAAAGAUCCUGAAAGAUGUUAUCAUGAGAACUUAUUAGGUGCUUGGAGUUUUAGUACUCAUCAAGAAGGAUAUUAUAUUGCAGAUUGUACUA